UCUCUCAAUUUCAGCCGUCAAAUGUCGCACGCCAUCCACUAAUCACCGUGACACCGUCAACCUACCGCCUCCUCUAGAAAAAAAUCCCCUUCCUCCGGCCUCCGCCUAGCUGGGCACACGUUAGUCAAAUCGAGGUCUUAAGUUAUUCCUCAUCUCUCCCUUCUUUCCGUUUUCUUCCACGUUUCUAAUAACAUUCCUUUGCGUUUCUCUCUGGUCCCUCGAUGGCGAAUCCUUACUACGGUUCUGGACCUUUGCGAUCCAGGCCGGCGGGGAAUUCAGAUGAAAUCCAGUUGCAAAUCGAUCCGAUUCAUGGCGAUUUGGACGAGCACAUCACUGGUCUCCAUCAAAAGAUUCGAAAACUCAAAGGGGUAGCUCAGGAAAUUGAAACAGAAGCGAAGUUCCAGAAUGACUUUAUAACUCAAUUGCAAAUGACACUACUUAAAGCUCAGGCAGGGGUGAAGAACAAUAUGAGGAGGCUGAACAAGAGCAUCAUUCAGAGCGGUUCAAAUCAUGUCCUACAUGUGGUUCUCUUCGCGCUCUUCUGCUUCUUUGUAGUCUAUUUCUUGUCCAAAUUCUCAAAGAGAUAGAAGUAUCAGCGGGAACUUGAGGAAUUUCUAUCUAGAGUGAGUUUUGUACUCUUGGUUUGUGAUUGUCGGGGAUCCAUAAAUUUGUCUGAAAAAUGUAUCUAGUCUUAAUGGAGACAUAUUCGAUAAACAUGCUUUUGUCAUCGUACUCUCUAGAACGGAAUAGUGUACAUAACCAUUGACGUACUGUGUUUUCCUGGUUCAAGUUAAUAUGCGUGGGCUUGCAAAAUAUGUUCUUUGCUCCGGGGACCGCUUCUGUGGGUUAUUAUUGUCAAUCAUUAACUAUGAAACGUUGUGUUUAA